AUGUUAUCACAGAUUUGUUAUAAAACAGGAACAUCAAGAUUGUUCAAUCAAGCUUUAAAUAACAAUGUUGUUGGUCAAAUCAGAAACAUUUCAAAGUCUGUACCAAUCAUUUUAACACAGAAUGUAGAGGGUGUCGGUCAAAUCGGUGAAGAGAUGGCCGUCACCAAAGGUUAUGCUAGAAACUUCUUCUUUAUGAAAGGAUAUGCUGUACCUGCAACUCAUGAAUCAAGAAAGAAAUACGAAGAAUACUCAAGAAAUAUCGAUUAUGGAAGUAGAAGAUCAAAUAAAGAGGAACAAAGUGCAUUGAAAAAAUUGAAAAAGAAUAAUUUGAUUUUGGUUAUGCGUAAACCAAACGCAGAUGGAUCAGCAAAAAUAGAAAUCACUACAGACAAUAUUUCCUAUAGUUUAAAGAGAAGAAAGUCGAUCAACAUUGAACCAAAAGACAUCACACCGGAAGGACCAAUCGAUCAAUUUGGAAAUCACAAUGUCAACCUCUUGAUCGGUGAAACCACAGUACCAAUUAUAGUUAAAUACGAAGCAAUGAUUAAUAAUAAUUAA